AUGGGCACCGUGUCUCCGGCACGGCGUGUUGCGUCACCAGGCAAGGGAAAGCGGUCACCUUCGCGGGGGGAAACUCCAAGUGAAGGCAGAACACGACGUGCGGGGUCAAGUCCUUCCUCACGGCCGGGAAUGCAAACGGCAUCGCAGCGUGCGGCAAGGAAAAAGGAGGUCCGGCGACUCCGUGAUGCAGAGCUUCUUCUUGAUGAAGCGCCGCUGAGCAUGGUGGGAGAACGCGCACAGGAUGCACUUGAGGCAAUGCUACGUGCUUUGGACAUACGCCGCAACGCGUCGGCAACGCCCAAGAAAAUGCAGCCGGUAUGGCAUCACGUAAAAGCGCUUGUUGUCACUGCUAAUCGAGAGGGCCUUCGCCGCGCCUAUGCCGCAUUUCCGGCAGAGGAAGGUCACUACUUUUUCGGGAAGGCUCUGUCCACACUUGAGUAUUCUGCAAGCACCGUCAACACAGCAGCGGACGGUGGUGAGUUUGCGGAGUGUCCGCUGCUUCUCAGUCACCUAAUGGAGGCGACGCUCAACAACAUUGCUUUUCAACAAUAUAUCGCGCAUGAGCCUCCGGAGGCCAUUUUGAAAACCCUCCAGCGGGCACUGAAGGUGCAGCACCAUCAAGCGUUUAGAACCUUGACAUUGUAUAACAUGGCUGUUGCUUUUCUAGCCGCGCGACGGUAUGAAGAUGCUACAGAAUUUGUUGCACGUUGCAGUCAAGUGGCCGAAGUGUGCUUGGAACUUGAAGUUUCGCUGACACGGGAGAUAUCAUCACUCUACAAGGAAUAUCACACAAUGGUCGCUACCCACGCCAUUAUGUGUCAUCAUUUACUUGCAGGGCUAGCAGCGUGGAGUGGAGAAAGUGACAUGGAGGUGUACCACGCUCAGCUUGCUCUGUGCUGCGCAACGAAGUUCCUUGCAGAGGGUAGCGCGCUCGUCUCGCGCUGUCAGCAACGACUUACUGCCGCCAAAAGCGGAAACUCGGCAGCUGUGAUUGCACAGAGUGACGAACCGCCACGUAUGCAAAUGAUGACCGAUGACCUCGAGAUUCUUGCAAGUCCACUUUUUUUACAGUUUUUACUGGAGACGCAGCGGAUGCAGCGAAUUGUUUUCCCACCGCUGAAGGGGUUACAAAGGCGUAAAACGGUAGUGAAACGUGGACAGAGAUUAGGAUCCGGUAAGUCAUCGCCCGAAGUCGAGGCCGAGGACACCGGCCUCACCGGCAGCGCCCCGCAUCAACCAGCGGUCGACGGUAACGGAGAAGAAGAAAAAGCGGGUACCCACGCUUCCAUCAGUUAUUCAAGAUCUCCGUCGCAGGGGGUCGGUGCAACCACCGACGUACGGAUUGUAUGCUCCCCCGUCGCAUGUAUUGCCACUGGUUGUGACAUGCGUACCGGAGACGGCGUACGAGUGUUACAAAGGUCUUCGCAAGGACGUAAGGGGGCUGAUGUGCUCUUUGGGUCGACUGCAUGA